AAGAGACUACCGAAUAGGUUACAAAACGAAUGAAUUGUUAAUUUAGUGAAAGGAAAAGCGUAUAAGGCCUUCGAAAACUAUUUAAAUUUAUUAAAAAGUUUAAAAUGGCGGUUUUAAUCAGAUAUGCGCGUAUACAGCAAGUUUUACUGUCAAGGAUGUAUUCUACCGAAAAGUCGCCUAAAUCAACAACCAGCACCGAGGGUAAAACGAUCCCUAAAAACUUACUUGAAGACAGUCAAACAUCUCAAUUGCAGGCCGAGAAUGGUGCUAUCUUUGACAAGAAACCAUUCAAAAUUCACUUAGAAGCAAAUAAAACUUAUAGUUGGUGCUUGUGUGGGAAAUCAAAAAGUCAACCAAUUUGCGACGGUAUGCAUAAGAACGUAUUCAUGCAAAUAAAGUUACGACCCGUGAGAUUUCAGGUGGAAAAAACAGGCGAUUACUGGCUAUGCAAUUGCAAGCAGACCAAACAUCGUCCUUUCUGCGAUGGCACACAUAAGCAACCGGACAUUCAAGCCGCUGUGCGAUAACCAGUAAUUCCAAAACUGCCAAUUGAUUCAAAAUACUUACCUUUUCAUUUACUAAAGUGUGUGCAUUAAAGUCUAAUUUUUGUUUACUAUGACCGCAACCGUUAGUACAUAAUAAAAUAAUGGUAAUGAAACGCUUGUUUUUAAUGCAAGCAACAAAUUGA